GUUGUUCUGCGUGUACCAUUCACGUUUAUCGCUCCAUUAAUGAAGAUGCGUUUAAGGAAAGUCUGCGUUGCAGAAAAUGGGACUGAUGGACUCUCAGGCGACCAAUGAGGCAGCAGAAGUGCUUUCUGGCUCUCCUCCUCCUCCUCUAGCGUCAUGGCGGCUCUGUGGCUCCAGUGCGUCUCUCUGCUGGCCGUGCUGCUGCUGGCGUGGCCCGGCUGCCAGGCCGCCGCGCAGCCGCAGCACCUGUGUGGCUCUCACCUGGUGGACGCGCUCUACCUGGUCUGUGGGGAGCGAGGCUUCUUCUACAACCCCAAGAGAGACGUGGACCCCCUCAUGGGUUUCCUCCCUCCGAAGGGGGGCGCGGCAGCGGGCGGCGAGAACGAGGUGGCGGAGUUCGCCUUCAAGGACCAGAUGGAGAUGAUGGUGAAGCGAGGCAUCGUGGAGCAGUGCUGCCACCGGCCCUGCAACAUCUUUGACCUGCAGAACUACUGCAACUAAAAAAACAUCUGCCUGGCCUAGCCUAGCCUAGCCUAGCCUAGCCUAGCCUAGCCUGGCUUAGCCUGGCUUAGCCUGGCUUAGCUACGUGGCUAACUUAGCCUGCCCCUCACCUUUCUGAAAAACAACUGCUGAGAAAUGAAUGAAAGUAUUUUUCCUACAAAAUAAACCGUUUGUGAAUUGAGACAUUAA